AGCCGCUAAAGCCAUUUCAGGCUUUGACUGUUCACAACAAAGCGCCCCUAAAGGAGCGUCGCUUUUACUCUCUCCUCAUCUAUAUAUAAAGAACACACCUUCCGUCUCCUUCCACCUUCAAUUAUCACACCGUAUUCUCUCUUCCUCUCUGAUUAUUACGUUAUGGUCAAGAUGGGUUUGAAACCCAACCCGGUAACUCCUAACCCGACCCACUAUAAUGCCAAAGAGAUUCGUUACAGAGGCGUAAGGAAGCGUCCUUGGGGCCGUUACGCCGCCGAGAUCCGAGAUCCGGGUAAGAAAACCCGCGUCUGGCUUGGCACCUUCGAUACCGCAGAGGAGGCGGCGCGUGCGUAUGAUAAGGCGGCGCGUGAUUUCCGUGGCGCUAAGGCGAAGACGAAUUUUCUUGAGCUGAAUGAGAAGGUGCUCUCCGGUGGAGGCGGUUUCGCGCGGAGCCCUAGCCAGAGCAGCACCCUUGACUAUGCUUCUCCUCCGGCGGUAGUUACACCGGCGACUGAUGGGAUUGUUCCACCUCGACUUGAGCUAAGUCUUGGCGGCGGUGGCGCGUGUUACCAGAUCCCAAUGGCGCGUCCUCUCUACUUUUUGGACCUUAUGGGGGUCGGAAACGGAGGUCGUGGUCAGCUUCCGGUGUCGUCGGCGUUUAGGUCGCCGGUGAUGCAGGUCUCUACGAAGAUGGCUUGUGGUGCCCAGAGCGAUUCUGAUUCUUCAUCGGUCGUUGAUUUCGAAGUUGUGAUGGAGAAGAGAUCUCAGCCGUUAGAUUUAGAUCUAAACUUGCUUCCUCCGGUGGAACAGGCCUGAGGUGUUGCCGGUUUCGCGCAUGCGUUUUUUGCUUUGCAGCUGAGAAAAUAAUUUCACGUAGUCUUUUUCUCCAGCACUCUAAAAUAAUUAUUAUCGGUUUUUAGAAAUUAUAUAAAUCGAGGGAGAAAAAGUAUAAUUCUUAGAUGACAUGUAUCGUUAUGUACAUAACCGGAGAUCUGAACUUUUGUUGUGCGCUUUUUUGCGACUUGGUUUUCACCAUGUUGUUUCUAUGCAUCUUUUCCUUCUGCAAUUUGUUUUUCCAAAUUUUCAAUUAUUAAUUUGGUAGUCUUCAUAAUGCUCAUCAAACUUCCAUGAUGUAAUUAUCAAUACUUGGAAGUUGGAACUACUAGGUACUAUCUAAUCAAUCAGCCGGCAUCUUUUAUUGGCAUUUUCUUUGUUUUGUUAGAGUGAUUAUUUACAAUGUCUGAGUAAAAAGGUGAAAUCACUUUUUUUUUUACCAAAAAAAAAUUGUGGUUGAAGUAUAGGAAAACACAGUUAAAAGUAUGAGUAGUUAAAAAAAAAGAAGUAUGAUUAUUAUUAAAAAGAAAGUUGUUUUUUACAAUGGUGGAAACUUUAAGCAGGCAGCCGGCGUAUUUGGGCCCAUUUUCUGUAUAUUUGAAAACUCUUCUCACUUACGUCAAUAAGUAGGGUCCAUGUACUGAUUAUGGGCAUCGUACUCCCUUUUGCGAACUUCCAAAUUUGUUGAGUUUUAAAAGAUGAACAUUAACACUCUUAUUAUUAGGUUCUGACAGAGCCUGUCCUAGAUUUGAUUUUGAAUCUGAUAUGAUAGAUUUUGCCUGAAGUUUACUGCCAGAAAAUUAUAAGAUUAGAGUAAUUAUAUUUUCUCAUUCAGAAAAAGAUAUCUACUCUGAUUAAUAUUUUGUUAUACCUGAGAACCCUACAUAUCUUGUUAAAAUCUCUACUGUGAAAAUUAACCGUUGAUAUCUCAAUAUUUUAUAAAAAUGGUAAACAAUUAUUUUAAAAUAUAAGAUUGAGUGGGUUCCGAGUUGAAUUGGACAAACAUAAGAUAACACUAUUCAUAAACUAACUGUGAAAUCUAUAAUCUUUAUUUUUGAAUAUUCAUUUCCUAGAGGGUUGCGGGUUAAUAUGAUUUAAAAAAAUCUGAGCUAAUUAAGACAGGUUGAUA